GCUUCUGCAAACUUUUUUUUUUCCCUCCUCCACUGAAAACAUUUUCAGUUAAGCGUCCUGCCAUGCCUGGACUGUGAAGGGUUUGCUUUCUUUCUGUCUUUCUUUCAUUUUUUAUUUUUUUUAUUUUGUGUUCUUGUGUUUUCUGAGCCAUGGCUCCGUUUGGAAAAAACUUCCUGAAAGCUCGUUUGAAGAACAGGACGAAAGACGCCGAGCCUGUCGCUGGAAAAGAGAUUCAAGUUACCGUCUGCAACGAGGAGAAGGUGGUCUGUGGAGUAACAAAGCACACAACAUGUGUGGAUAUGAUCCAGGCUCUGCUGGAGGACCACAAGACUCUUCCGGAGAGCAAGCGGCUCAUCCACGGGGAGCCCAAAGACUUCUGUCUUGUCGAGAAGUGGAAAGGGUUUGAGCGAGCCUUGCCCCCUCUCACCAGGAUUCUGAGGCUCUGGUAUGCGUGGGGGGACCAGAGACCCUUUAUACAGUUUGUUCUCGUAAAAACCAGCGAUUUUGUGCCUCAGACGGCCAAGAAGGGGGGGAAGUCCAAGGGUGCCAAACUGAAGCGAUGGGAUCAAACUCACACCCAGCCUCUUCCAGCGGACAAACAGAAGCGCCUGGUGAAAAAGGCUUUCCGGAAGCUCGAGAAACUCCACAAGGAGAGCCGGUGCUCCCCGGGUGCUGAAGAGGUCAAACGGAUGGUGCAGCUGAUUCUCAACCAGGACCACACGAUCAGAGAACAGAUCCAGAGGAUGAGGGAACUCGAUUUGGAGAUUGAGCAGUUUGAGCUGGAAGUGCAGAAGGGAAGCGACUCUGAGAUGUCCCCGCCGCAGGCCUGUGGUCUGAGUUUGGCGGAACACAGCAAGGAGCAGCUGCAGAGGUAUCUGUGUACCAGCGACGGUGUCAAGCAGCUGGACUCGCAGAUCCAGCUGCACCAGGAGUUCAUCCUGCAGCUGUCCCUGGACAUCCACGCCGAGCUAAAAACCUCUGGCCUCUUUCAGGCCCAGGACGAGGACAGUGAGCAGAAAGGAGCCACGGCCACUCCUCCGCUCUCGUCUGAAACGGAUGAAUCGUUUUACGAAGCGGAGCUGGAGAGGCUGCGAGCCGAGCUGAAGCGCAGCCUGUUCAGCGGAGUGGCUCUUCAGAACCAGGCUGCAGAAAUGGACAGUCAGCUCACGUCUCUGGACAGCUCGCUGGUUGCUAUGGACCAGGAGUGCUGGCAGCUGGCCUCCCAGCUGAACUCCGUCCAAAUCACGGACUGCACGGAGGAGAAACAGUCCCUGUUGGUCCCUUUAAGAAGCGAGGCUCAGUGCGGCGGGCCUCAGACUGUAAACAUCAAACACAGUCUGUCGCCUCAGGACGUUACAGACACAGACUCAGACACCGGGAUCAGCUCCACACACAGUCAGGACUCGCUGUCACCAAACCUGGACUUCCCUCCCCCUCUGGAUACUGAUGUUUGAAGAAUCCGGGAAAUAUUUCCUUUUAUUGUUUUACACACACAGACACACAUCUACCGCACGUAUCACUUGCCAUUCGUAGCUUUAAAUCUUUACACAGUCUGAGACAUGUGAACUAUUUUCUGAUAUAUUACAAAGGUAAACCUAAACCUUUUUCUUUUGAUAAUGUUUUACUUAUUUAUUCUUUUUAGAUUUUUUGCCAUGUUGAUACAUUCUUUGAGAAUAGUUAAACAGGAAAAACUUUUUAUUUAACCAGACAGGUCUCUAGGGAGGCCUUUUAUGUUUCAUAGUUUGCUAAAUUACUUUACGUUUUCUGCAAAGACCAACAAAGAUCAUUUGAAUUUAGUUGUUUUUUAAGUGGAGUUUUGUGGAGAGAGGAUGCAGAAAAUGCAGGAAAAACAGAGAUAAGUUUCUGACUUAAAGGGAUCCCCGAUUAGUUGUAACAGUAGACUUUAUUUGAUAAACAUAUACUUUAACUGUAAAAUAA